AUGUCCUAUAAAUCAUUAUUCUACAAUGAUUGUUGCUUAUUAAUUAAUAUUGAUUUAAAUUCACAACGAAUUCGUCAGUUAUUUGAACGUCGUUUCAAAUGUAAUUCAAAUAUAACAAGUUUUGAUUUUAAAUCAUUUCCUCCAGAACAACCAUCGAAUAAUGCCAAAGUAUCACGUUCAUUCUUACGUUAUCAACCAAAAAUUAAACCUACAAAUGAUUACGAAGAAAAUCUGUCCACUGAUUCAUCCUCAUCCUCAUCAGAAGAUAAUGAUGAUGUAUUAUCAACUAACGAUGAUGAUUAUCUCAAUAAACUUGCCGAAUGGGAGCCAGAAAACGUUCAACCUCUAAGCGAUAACGAUGAUGAUGGUGAUGAUGAUGAUAAUAAUAAUGAAGACGAAAAUCAAAAUGAAAAUAUUAUUCAAUCAACUAGUAACGAAAAUAAUGAUGAAGAUAAUGAGACAAAUCAAAUGGAUUGCUUAACAGUUGAAGAUGCUUCGACAACUCAUGCUGAAGAUCUUCUUGUUACAUUUAUACAUCGUCCUCUUAAAACUGAACCAAUAAGUUACGAUAAUAAUAUGUUUCAAUAUCCACCGCAACUAGAUGGUCAAAUAGAUUUUUCGUCAACAAAAUCUUCAACUGGAUCAAAUCAAACUACUAACAGCAAAAAUUUAGAUGAUAUCAUAGCUAAAGUCAAAGCAAAAACUCGUGCACCAAAUUGUGCUAUACAAAUACAUAAAGUUCCACCAUCAACAAAUAGAUGUUGCUCAAAUGAUGAUAUAAAAAAGAAAUCUAUAACUCAACCUACAAGAACAAAAUCUUUGUCAAAUUUUUCAAAACCUAAUCGAAUAAAAGAACAAACUAAAAUAAUACCACCAUUAUUAUCAACACUAUUAAAAAAUAAUGAAGAUGCAAUACGACCACUUGAAACACGAAGAACAUCAAUACAAACAAAUGUUCAAAAAUCUUCUCGAACAUCAUCGAAUAGUAAUUUACAAUCAACAAUACCAAAAAAUCGAGAUCAAAAAAGAAAUUUAUCAAAUGAAGAAGGUAUAUCUUCUCAACAAAAAAUAAAAUUUUCUUCGAAUAAUAAUAAACAAAAGUAUAUUCUACAAACUCAACAAUCUAACGAAAAAUCUGCAUCUGUUCAUAUGACAUUAGCUGAACAAAAAUUAAAUCAUUUUCAAAGACACCAAGAACCAAAAUCUUCAAUUUCAAAAACUUCAAAUUCUAAUUCUAUUUCAUCAAAAACAAAGUCACAAUCAAAGAAAUUAAUGAAAACUUCAUCAAAACUAUCUAAAUCAAUCAAUUCACCUGUUCAAAAUUCACAAUCAACAACACCAGUUUUAAAUGAUCAUAAUCAACAAAUAAAGAAAAAACCAAAGAAAAUCAAACGCUUAAAUACAAAUCAAACAAAUUUAUCAUCAAAUAAUCAAUCACAAACCAAAAUUACUAAACAAAAAUCCAAAGAAAAGAAACUUAUUCAAAACCCUAAAUUGAAAAGUCAUCAAUCGGACCCAUCGAUUCACACAGCAAAUUCUAAUGAUAAUCUUAAUAAACGACCAGAAAAUUUCUUUAAUAAUUGUAUUAUAAUUGAUGAUGAUGAUGAUGGUGAACAACAAGAAUAUAAUAAUGAAAAUAACAACAAUAAUAUUGAAGAUAAUGAUAUACAAGAAAUUGAACAACGACAGUGA